CUGAGCCGCUUCUCCUCGCCAUGGAGGCGAGGCCGCCGCCGCCGCCGCGGGGCUCCGAGCCGCGGGCCGGGCGGCGGCCCUGAGGGCGUGUGGCGGGCCGAGACGCCGCCGCGGAGCCGAGGCGGAGCCGCCGUCCUCGUCUCCCGCGGUCCCGCCCAGUGCCGGACUCGGUGGCACAACUGAAAAAAGAUAUUUAUGGAAUUCCAAUGAGUGGUCAUGGAUGAUGCAGUUCAAAUAACGAAGGUCAGCAUGGAUUCCUGGUUCAUUCUUGUUCUGCUUGGCAGUUGUCUGAUACGUGUCAGUGCCAACAAUGCUACCACAGUUUCACCUUCAGUAGGCGUUACAAGGUCUAUUAAAGCAUCGACAGCAGAAUUAGUUAAAGAAGAGACCAAAACUUCAAAUCCUACUUCUUCAGUAACUUUUCCUUCCGAGGCACCAACACUCAGCCCAAAUCUAACUCUGGGACCCACCCAUGUAGCCACUGUCAAUUCUUCGGACUCUGACAAUGGGACCACAAGAACAGCAAGCACCGAUUCUGCAGUCACUACACUUUCACCUAAUGGAACGUGGCCUCCAGAUACCCAGUUCACAGAUGCCAGAACAGAACCUUGGGUGGGGAAUUCCAGCACUGCAGCAACCACUCCAGAAACUUUCCCUCCUUCAGGUAAUUCUGACUCGAAGGACAGAAGAGAUGAGACGCCAAUUAUUGCAGUGAUGGUGGCCCUGUCCUCUCUGCUAGUGAUCGUCUUUAUUAUCAUAGUUCUGUACAUGCUAAGGUUUAAGAAAUACAAGCAAGCUGGGAGCCAUUCCAAUUCUUUCCGUUUAUCCAAUGGCCGCACUGAGGAUGUGGAACCCCAGAGCGUGCCACUUCUGGCCAGGUCCCCAAGCACCAACAGGAAGUAUCCACCCCUGCCCGUGGACAAGCUGGAAGAGGAGAUUAACCGGAGAAUGGCCGAUGACAAUAAGCUCUUCAGAGAGGAAUUCAACGCUCUCCCUGCUUGUCCUAUCCAGGCCACUUGUGAAGCUGCCUCCAAGGAAGAAAACAAGGAAAAAAAUCGAUAUGUAAACAUCUUGCCGUAUGACCACUCUAGAGUCCAUCUGACACCAGUUGAAGGAGUUCCAGAUUCUGAUUACAUCAAUGCUUCCUUCAUCAAUGGCUACCAAGAAAAGAACAAAUUCAUUGCUGCACAAGGACCAAAAGAAGAAACGGUGAAUGAUUUCUGGAGGAUGAUCUGGGAACAAAACACAGCCACCAUUGUCAUGGUGACCAACCUGAAGGAGAGAAAGGAGUGCAAGUGUGCCCAGUACUGGCCAGACCAAGGCUGCUGGACCUAUGGGAAUAUCCGUGUGUCGGUAGAGGAUGUGACUGUCUUGGUGGACUACACCGUGCGAAAGUUCUGCAUUCAACAGGUGGGUGACGUGACCAACAGAAAGCCACAGCGCCUCAUCACUCAGUUCCACUUUACCAGCUGGCCAGACUUUGGGGUACCUUUCACCCCAAUCGGCAUGCUCAAGUUCCUCAAGAAGGUGAAGGCCUGUAACCCUCAGUAUGCAGGGGCCAUCGUGGUCCACUGCAGUGCAGGUGUAGGGCGUACAGGUACCUUUGUCGUCAUUGAUGCCAUGCUGGACAUGAUGCAUACAGAACGGAAGGUGGACGUGUAUGGUUUUGUGAGCCGCAUCCGAGCACAGCGCUGCCAGAUGGUGCAAACAGACAUGCAGUACGUCUUCAUAUACCAAGCCCUUCUGGAGCAUUAUCUCUAUGGAGAUACAGAACUGGAAGUGACCUCUCUAGAAACACAUCUGCAGAAAAUUUACAACAAAAUCCCAGGGACCAGCAACAAUGGAUUAGAGGAGGAGUUUAAGAAGUUAACAUCAAUCAAAAUCCAGAAUGACAAGAUGCGGACUGGAAACCUUCCUGCCAACAUGAAGAAGAACCGGGUUUUACAGAUCAUUCCAUAUGAAUUCAACAGAGUGAUCAUUCCAGUUAAGAGGGGUGAGGAGAACACAGACUACGUGAACGCAUCCUUCAUUGAUGGUUACCGGCAGAAGGACUCCUACAUCGCCAGCCAGGGCCCUCUUCUCCACACAAUUGAGGACUUCUGGCGAAUGAUCUGGGAGUGGAAAUCCUGCUCCAUCGUGAUGCUAACAGAACUGGAGGAGAGAGGCCAGGAAAAAUGUGCCCAGUACUGGCCUUCUGAUGGACUGGUGUCGUAUGGGGACAUCACAGUGGAGCUAAAGAAGGAAGAGGAAUGUGAGAGCUACACCGUCAGAGACCUCCUGGUCACCAACACCAGGGUAAGAUGGCUGGUUGUAGGCUUCUCCCACAGGGAAGGCAGGGGUGCCCCUACCUCUCUGAUCCCUCUUCCUCCAAAGGAGAACAAGAGUCGGCAGAUCCGGCAGUUCCACUUCCACGGCUGGCCUGAAGUGGGCAUCCCCAGUGACGGAAAGGGCAUGAUCAGCAUCAUUGCAGCUGUGCAGAAGCAGCAGCAGCAGUCAGGGAACCACCCCAUCACUGUGCACUGCAGCGCUGGGGCAGGACGGACAGGGACCUUCUGUGCCCUCAGCACUGUCCUGGAACGGGUGAAAGCAGAGGGGAUUUUGGAUGUCUUCCAGACCGUCAAGAGCCUGCGGCUGCAGAGGCCACACAUGGUCCAGACACUGGAACAGUAUGAGUUCUGCUACAAGGUGGUGCAGGAAUAUAUUGACGCAUUCUCAGAUUAUGCCAACUUCAAGUAAGAGGCGAGGAGGCCCCGUGGACAGAAUUGCCUUUAAUAUUUUGUAAUAUUCUGUUUUGUUAAUAUACCCAAAAUUGUGUAUAUAUCUUAUAACUGUUUUAGAAAUUGGUACAUAGGCCUCUAUUACAUAUUAGGUGGAGAUUUUAUAUGUAAAUGUGUUAGCACUGAUAGUCCUUUUUCCAAUGUUUUAUUGGGGAAUUAAAUAGUGUGAUGUUUGGAUUGA